AUAAUGCAAUUUAUAUGUGGAUAAUUGGAAGUACUGAGAACGGAGAGUGGGAUUUUCCAUAGCAGCGCAGCCCGCGUUGAAAACACACUCUGGACGUUCCUGCGUUGAAUUUCCUGGAGAAGGCCAGAGGAUUCUUCAUUCAUAUUCCUGUUCCAGCCAUUUCAUCACCCCUAAACGCCUACCUCUUGAUUAACUCUGUAUUUCUCUCUCUCUUCAAUUGAUUGAUCGUUGAUUUUCGUUUUCUUCCCUCUCCCAAAUGAUCACCGGCGGCCCCAAGAAGAGGCCACGCGCCACCCCCACUCGGCAGAACGUUUCCUGCUGCGCCGUCAUUGAUAAUUCCUUCUCCGAUGAAUCCCUCUGUGUAGUUUCCCAAAACCCCCGUAUUCGUAGUUCCCCCUGCAUUGGCGGCAGUAGCGCCACCACCCCCUUUUUCAAUGACUCUUCCACUGCCGACGUCAUCCUCCGCCUCUUCGUUGAUAGCGGCUCUCCGCUUGGAUCUUCAUUUUCCUCCGAUUCUGGCUCUGUCGAUCCCGCCGUGUCUACCUCCGACCUUCACGUGUACCUUCACUCUGACAUUCUCCGCCGCUCUAAAUACUUCUCGGUCAUUCUAUCGGAUCGAUGGAGUGGCCAGUCUCGUCCUCAAGAGUCUGAUGGUUUGUUGAAGCUUAAUCUCGGGGUCCCACUUGCUUCGGGUGCCAUUCAGUCUCAUCUCACGGUGCUGGAAUUGCUGUACACUAAUGAUUUCGCUAAUACGAUCGAUAGUGCGUCGACUGCUCUGGAUCUUCUUCCAGUUGCCCUAGAAUUGCUGUUCGAGGAAUGCGUUCGUUCGUGCGUUACUUUCCUGGAAGCAGUGCCUUGGUCCGAAGAGGAAGAGAGGAGAGUGUUGAAUUUGAUCCCUCUUCUCAGCGAGGAGGAGUCGAAAGAGCUUCUUGCGAGGGUAUCUCCUGUAAGGGAGGACUCUUGCGAAGCAAUGCUUGAAGGUUUGAUUUCGUCGGCUAUUUACAAUUAUCAGAACACGGCAUUCGUCAAGGCGUUUGUGGCCAAGAUUCUGCGGGAUUUCUCUUCGAGGGAAUCGGCCAAGAGAGUGCUGGAGAAGGCGUUCAAGACGUCCUUGCAGACUGCGAAGGAGUGCUUGGAGGAGUAUUCCAGUCCCGAUUUUAGAGGGGACCAUAAUGAGACGGAGGCAUUACAGAGACUGAAUUUGCACAAAGCGUUGACGUCUGGGAGGCAUUUGCAAUGGUUGUUGGAGAGAAUGAUUGAGCUGAGGGUGGCUGAUGAAGCCGUUAAAGAAUGGAGUGAGCAAGCGGCGUUCACAGCUGAUUUGCAGAGGGCAUUCCGGGAUGAUGCCUGGAGGAAUAUUGUCCCGGGUCUUCCUGCAGUUUUGCUUCGGUGCACUUACAGGUUAGCGAAGGCUGUUUCCGCGGGCGCUAUUUUGGCUGCUAGACAGGUAAGAAGGAAGCUUGUGGAAGACUGGCUUCCUGUUCUAGUCGUAUGCAAGGACAACGUUUCACCAAUGUCGCCCUACAAAGCAUUGUAUGUGGAGCUGGAGGAAAUAUUCUUGAGCAUUAUCUCCACACUUCCUAUGUCAGAUGCCCAAGAAUUGUUGCCGCAUUGUCUCAGCUUCUCAACCCGAAACGUGGAAGAUUGUCCUCACCUGGUCACAGCGUUCAAUACCUGGUUCCGGCGUGCAGCCCAACCCGUCAAACCCGAUUAUAAUAAGACCUCUGGUGAAUGAGUACCUGCGAGCGUGCGUCUUUGUUGCGUACCUUCUGUUCAAGGGAUGUGCAUAUGGACACCGAGUGCUCGGAAGUUGAAGUUUUAUCAACUUAUGGCGCGUGUAUAUAUACAUGUAUAGAGAAAAACUAACAGUCACAUAGGAUAACUCCAAACCCCUUUGAAACUAUCCUUUUGAGACUGCAUUUGCAUGUUUCUCACUGUUUUCCCUUAUCAAGCUGAUCUGCCUGUUUUCCGGUGGUUGUAUAGCUAAUAAGUUGUUGGCGCUUUUGGUUCGGCUGGGAGAACUAUUGUCUUGAUUAAACUCGGACCCAUACUUAUAGAUCCGUUUUUCGUUCCUUCUCUGCAUAAAACUUAUGAAGGAUAGUAAUCAUAUGGAUAGAAGAGGUAUGGCAAGAAGCAUAAAAUUUAU